GGUUCACCCCUAAAUCUCCACUUUUCAAAAAAAAAAUCCCUUCUCUUUAAGCUUAUCUAUUGAUGGUUAACCUGGUUCACCGCUAAAUCUCCACUUUUCAAACUUUUUUUCCCUUCUCUUUAAGCUUAUCUAGUGAUGGUUACGGUCCCUCCUAAAUCCCAACCCCAUAUACCUAUUUUUAUUUUUAUUUUUUUCUAUUUAUUUUUCAAAUUAUUUUUAGAUCACCAAGCUAUACGAUUUGAGAAUGAUUUAGAUCGCCAAUCCAACUAAUUCGAACAGGGAUAGGGUGGACAAUCUACCCCACUCAUCCGGUUUUUAAAACACUGAUAUAGUGUGCUUAUGGGAUUGAUGGAAGGAGAUUGGACAUAUAAAGAUAUUUUUGCCAAGACCACUCUCCUCAUCGCCAUGGAUUAUGGUGCUCAACUAUGGAUUAUAUACCCAUCUUUCCAGGUAUUGGACGGUUGAGAUGAUGAACAUUCACCCAUGAGAGGAUCUCCAACGCGUGGAUGCCUUUGCAGGGUGUCAAAAACCAUGUAUCACUGGUUUUGAAGAGAGAGAGUAGAAGUAAACUGCCCUUGUUUCUCUCUCUUCAACCAUAUAUCAAGAGAGCAGGGCAAGCAUGGAGGAAUGGUAAUUCUUCUCUCAGCAGCAUGACCACUGAGUGUAGAAGAGAGCAGAGGAAGGUCAUCACCAUGUCAGAGAGAGGGAAGGGUAACUGAGUUGGGAGGAUGAUGAUGAUGGCACUUGCCCCUUCCUCCUUGGCUCAUUCGUGCCCAACCCAAACCCCCAUUCUCCAACAACAUCAAUAUCAGCAUGAACAACAAGACGAUUCCAAAAAUACCCUCUCCCUCUCUCUCCUAGCCGAGCGCUCCACCACCACUGCCCACAUCACUCAGAUCCACGCUCGUCUCCUCCGAAUCAAUCCUUCAAACCCAGUGAGGCUCUACAACACCCUCAUCCGAGCUUAUGCUCUCCAUUCGUACCCUCGCUCCGCCCUCCUCCUUUACGCGCACCUCCUCCCCCAUGCCGACCCCUUUACCCUCCCUUUUGCCCUCAAGGCCUGCUCCUCAUCCCUCCUCCUUACCUCCUGCCUCCAUGCUCAUGCCAUCAAGCUCGGCCAUCCCGCCAUCAACACAUUCUUCCUCAACACCCUCAUCCACAAUUAUGCCACCACCUGUGCACGUGUUGACCUCGCCCACCAUGUCUUUGACUGCAUGAUCGGUCGGACUGCUGCCUCUUGGGGUGCCCUCAUCGCCGGUUACGAGCGUGUAGGUGAGCCCCACCACUCCCUCCACCUCUUCCAGGCAAUGCGACUGCAAGGUGAGCCCCCUGAUGAGGCCACACUGGUGAGCGCGCUCUGUGCUUGUGCCCAGCUCGGCUGCCCACGCUCUGGCCCACUGCUACACGCAUGCACCAUCAUCCAUGGGUUUGACCCUGCAGAUCACGUGAACCUUGGCACUGCCCUCAUUGACAUGUAUGCCAAGUGUGGCUGCAUCUCGUAUGCCUGCAAGCUGUUCGAUAGAAUGCCCCUCGGGAGGAGGAACGUGCUCUUGUGGAGUGCCAUGAUUGGGGGAAUGGCCAUGCAUGGGCAAGCACAUGAGGCUCUCAUCCUGUUCGAACACAUGCGGAGCUGUGGGGUUGUGCCCAAUGCCAUUACUUUCACCAAUGUUCUGAAUGCGUGCAGCCACAGGGGCCUGGUGGGAGAGGGCCUGAGGUGCUUCCGAAGGAUGAUGGAAGAAUACAGGAUGCUGCCGAGGAUAGAGCACUAUGGAUGUGUAGUGGACAUGUUGGGGCGAGCAGGGCUUCUGGAGGAAGCCCUGGCUUUCAUGAGGGCCAUGCCUAUCAAGCCCACUGUUCCACUCUGGCGCAGCUUGUUGGGAGCGGCUUGCACCCAUGGGGAUGUGGAGUUGGGAGAGGCUGCUAUGGAUGGGCUGAGCAGGUUAGAGGCUGCACUGAGUGCGUCCGAUUGUGUGGUCAUGUCCAAUCUAUAUGCACAGGUGGGAGACUGGGAAAAGGUGGGCAAGCUUCGCAUGGCCAUGAACGAUUCUGGGUUGAAGAAAACACCGGGAUUCAGUGUGAUUGAGGUCGAUGGCACCCUCCACAGAUUUGUGAUGGGAGACAAGUUUCAUCCCCAAACACAACACAUCUAUGACAUGCUCCAUCAGCUUAAUGAGUUGUCCAGAUUAGUACCAAUAGGUGGCUGAACCUAGCCUAUCUUUCAAAAGUUCCACUGGUUUGCAUAAGCCAUGAAGGUGAGGUCAUCAGUCAAGAAGCUAUGUGAAUUUUGUAGCAUUUGUCCGCCACCGCAGGAUGGUUCGAGUACUCUGCACUGUGAAUCCCAAGCAUAAGCAAAGGCAAGGGAUAUCUACCUUAACGUUGAAGGCCCUCCGCCUCCCUUGAUCUCUGAGAGUGCUAGUUUCCACCACAAUGCAUCAUCAAAUGAGGGCUCUAAGGUAGGCUUUGCCUUACUUCUUCCGAAACAGGACGAUCAAGUGUUGUCUCAUUGGUUGCAACAACAAAAAAGUUGGAUCGAUUGGAACCUGCUUGAGAGGAUCCAGAUGACUGUUUGAGAAUUGCAGAAUUGAUGACGGAGACAGCAAGUUUUGGUUCCUAGAAAAAAUGUUCCCCCUAUGAAGAAUCUAUUUUUUCCUUUUUUUUCAUUUUGGCACCUUGAACGAUUAUUUUCAAAAAGUUAAAGUGAAUUCAUGCUACUGAUGCAUAGCCAAAUAAAUGAGAGAGAUUCUCCUUUUUCCUUU